CUAGACCUCAGGAAGAGUCUCUUUCAUCGAUUAUCCAUUGCUAUUUAUUUCAAUCUCCUUCGUAAAGGCUCACUGUGUGCUGGAUAAUUGGAAGCUUAUACACGGCGGAAGUCUAGAUUGGGCCCAUUUUAUCUGCCGUUCUGACGUCAGUGUCACGGCCGGCAUUUUUGCUUACUUCCUUCCCCUUUCGUCGAUCGGAUCGACAUUGUAUAGAAAGAUAAAAGUGUUUCUCAUACGUCGCUAUCAUCUUCGUAUUCUCCUUCAGCAACACAUCACCAUGGCGCUGUUAUUUCUGAAACAAAAAUUAUUCCCCGGUCAAGAUAAACGUUCCGCCGGUAAACUUGGAAAACCCUUACUCGCACCAGAUGACUCCACCCUCCACAGCGAUCAGGAUGACAUUGAAUCGCAGCGAUCCUACAGCACCUUCCGUCCUUCAUCUCCUACAUCCGAAUCGGGAAGCACCAGCAGUUCGCGCUCACGGAUCAACCCGCGCAUCGUGUCGGACGCCAUCCUAGGCCUCUCAGACGGACUCACCGUGCCUUUCGCACUGAGCGCCGGUCUCUCGGCGUUUGGAAACACAAAAGUCGUCGUCCUAGGCGGUCUCGCCGAACUAGCAGCCGGUGCUAUAUCCAUGGGCCUGGGCGGCUACGUCGGGGCGAAGAGCGAAGCAGAAUCAUAUGAAACAACAGUGCGCGAAACAAAAGAACUCAUUGAAACCUCUCCUUCCGAAACAUCUAUGAUUGUCCGCGAUAUUUUUUCUGCAUAUGCACUCCCGGAAGAAGCCAUUUCUCAGAUUAAUACCUCACUGCAUGCUUCUCAUGACCGGCUUCUGGACUUUCUAAUCACGUUUUAUCAUAAGGAGUCCGAGCCGGAUUGUAACCAGGCUUGGAUCUCAGCUAUUACACUUGCGUUGGGUUACUUUGUUGGUGGAUUCAUUCCGCUUAUACCGUAUUUCAUCUUCAGUCAGGUCAUUGUCGCCCUUUACUGGAGUAUUGGGGUGAUGGCAGUUACAUUGCUUGCCUUUGGGUAUAUCAAGACGUGUGUGGUAAGGGGGUGGCAUGGGAGAGAGAACAUUGCUGCGGGCAUUAAGGGUGGAGUGCAGAUGUGUUUUGUUGGUGGUGUCGCGGCGGGAGCUGCGAUUGCUCUGUUAAGGAUGUUCGGAGGUGGUGCUUGAAUAUCCAGGGUCAUUUCGGGCAUUUCUUGAUUUCAUGGGCAUAAUAGACAGCGACGGGCGUUCAGGAAGGGGAAAAUUAACGAUGAUACUCGAUGCUACUAAUAGACGAC